UCUGUUGAUUAUUUCUCUAUCUGAGAAAAACAUUCAACGCGGAAUCGAAAGUUUCAGACACCCAAUUCGCAAUCCUGGGCACAAAUUCAGGAAUUGAGAAUCCAAACCCUUACGGUCCAAUUCAUUAUACAUAUACCCAUUAGUUGAAUUUUUCUGAUCUGUUAGAUUUUCUUGAGAAUUUGGAAUUCUCCAUGGGAACUCCGGCCUUCCCAAAUCUAGGAAAGCAUUGUUCCGUCGACGAUUGCAAGCUCAUCGAUUUCUUGCCCUUCACCUGCGAUUGCUGUAACCAGGUGUUCUGUCUAGAGCACCGAAGUUACAACAAACAUCAUUGUCCAAAAGCCAAUAAAAAUGAUGUUACUGUCAUCGUCUGCCCACUCUGUGCAAAAGGGGUUAAUCUGGUUUCUGAUGUUGACCCAAAUAUUACUUGGGAGGCACAUGUUAAUACUGAUUGUGAUCCAUCAAACUACGAGAAAGUCACAAAGAAGAGAAAAUGCCCUGUCCCCCGUUGUAGAGAGAUCCUAACAUUCUCAAAUACAAUCAGAUGCCGAGACUGUACUGUGGAACACUGUUUGAAGCAUCGGUUUGGACCUGAUCACCAAUGUCCUGGUCCUAAAAGACCGAACACAGCUUUCCAGUUUAUGGGUUUUUUGAACAGGAGUAGAAAAGAAGACUCGAAAGCAAACCAAGCUCCGGCUUCAUCUUCAUCCAAGUGGGCUACAAGCUUCCUCAAGGCAGCUUCAUCUGUUCGAGCAACAGCUGAAGCCGGAAUGUCAAAACUGAGUAGUGAAUUUAGCCAAGCAUUGCAGGUGGGGCAAAGUGGCAGCAGCAGUAACAAAAGUAGCAGUGGAAGUGAGCAAGUGGAGCAGUGUCCACAGUGCAAUGCAAAGUUCUCUUCAGUUACAUCUCUAGUUGAUCAUGUGGAGAGGGUCCAUGAAAGGACUGGUGUUCUGAAGGUGACACUCGAUGUCUGCCCCAAAUGUAGUAGAGGUUUUCGUGAUCCAGUGUCCCUUGUGGAGCAUCUUGAGAGGGACCAUGGAGGCACUUCCAAAGCUUAAAGAGUGGAAAGACUGUCGAAAUAGGUUAUUUUGUUCCCUCAUACUCAUGGAGCUGUUAUUUAUUUUCUAUUGCUCAUUGCUUCCAUUGUUCAAUGCUUGUGAAAUUGGAAAUAACAUUUAAAAGCAUCCAAUCAUAAUAUCGAAAUUCUUGAAUUAUAUU